GUAAGAAAGUGCGAGCCCAACUGGAGACUACGUUCGCAAGCUCCGCCCACCGGCCCGCCUCUCCCCACCCCUGGAAAACGACGGCGGGGAAGUUUGGACCUUCCAGGCACCGCUCGCUUCAAUAUGGCGGCCCCCAAGGAGGAGAGAGACUAACGUGAGAAUGGAGCGUUCAGACUAAAUCCCUAACCUCAUGGAUCGCAAUGCAGAGUUCAGGAGGUCGAAGGCGCAGUUUCUGGGCAAAGCGGACCUCAGCCGGAAGGGCAGUGUGGAUGAGGACGUGGUAGAUAUUGUGCAGCUGCUGAACACGCGAGAUCAGUUUUUCACCACCAGCUCCUGCUCUGGCCGCAUCCUCCUCCUAGACGGGGGUGUAAAUGGUUUUGAAGUUCAGAAACAAAACUGUUGCUGGCUACUGGUUACACACAAACCUUGUAUAAAAGAUGAUGUGAUCGCAGCCCUGAAGAAAGCAAAUGGUGAUGCCAUUUUGAAAUUUGAACCAUUUGUUCUUCAUGUGCAGUGUCGACAAUUGAAGGAUGCACAGCUUCUGCAUUCAGCAGCAGUAGAUUCUGGUUUCAGGAACUCUGGCAUAACAGUGGGAAAGAAAGGAAAGACUAUGAUGGCUGUGCGGAGUACACAUAGCUUAGAAGUUCCGUUAAGCCACAAGGGAAAACUGAUGGUGACAGAGGAAUAUAUCGACUUCCUCUUAAAUAUAGCAAAUCAAAAAAUGGAGGAAAACAAGAAGAGAAUUGAAAGGUUUUACAACUGCCUACAACAUGCUUUGGAAAGAGAAACUGUUACUCACUCACAUCCCAAGAUCAAAGAGAAAAAUAAUUCAUCAUAUACUCGUAAGAAAAAAGGAAACCCAGAGAAAGCAUGUGGCAAAUGUAUGACUGAAGAAAACAAUGAAGAGCCUGAACAUGAUGAUGAUGAUCCAGGAAUCAGUAUUAAUAUCUUCCCUGAAGAAUACUGAGAUUUGCUUCUGAAGCAUCUUGCUGGAAAAAUGUUUCUAAUAGAUAUUAUAAAGCUGCUCUUUAUAAGAGUAUUGUAGUUUACUGAGUUUAACAGCCAUUCAUUGGAAUCCCUGGAUGGUGCAAACACUUAAGCCCUUGACUACUAGCCAAAAGGUUGGCGGUUCCAACCCACCCAGAGGCACCUUGGAAGACAGGCCUGGUGAUCUGCUGCUGAAGGGUCACAGCGUUGAAAACCCUGUGAAGUACAGUUCUGUUCUGCACACAUGAGGUCACCAUAAGUCGGAAUCAACUCAAAGACAACUAACAACACAUCAGCCAUUCAUAAAGGCAAGCUUUGAUUUCUGUAUAUGUGUAGAGAAAUCAUCUUUUAAAAGUUGUUAGGUGCGUCAAGUUGGUUCCAACUCAUAUUAACCCUAUGUACAACAGAACAAAACAGUGCCCAGUCCAGCACCAUCCUCACAAUCGAUGCUAUGUUUGAGCCCAUUGUUGCAGCCAGUGUCACUCCAUCUCUUCCAGGGUCUUCCUCUUUUUUUGCUGACCCUCUACCAAGCGUGGUAUUCUUCUCCAGGAACUAGUCCCUCCCGAUAACAUGCCCAAAGUACAUGAGACAAAGUCUUGCCAUCCUCGCUUACUUCUUCCAAGACAGAUUUGUUCAUUCUUCUGGCAGUUCAUGGUAUAUUCAAUAUUCUUUGCCAGUACCUGUAAUUCAAAGGCAUCAGUUCUUUCUCAUCUUCCUUAUUCGUUGUCCAGCUUUCGCAUGCAUAUGAGGCAAGUGAAAACACCAUGGUUUGAGUCAGCCAUACCUUAGUCCUUGAAGUGACAUCUUUGCUUUUUUAACACUUUAAAGAGGCCUUUUGCAGUAGAUUUGCCGAACACAAUACAUUAUUUGAUUUCUUGACUGCUGGUUCCUUGGGCAUUGAUGGUGAAUCCAGGUAAAAUGAAGUCCUUGACAACUUCAGUCUUUUCUCCGUUUAUCAUGAUGCUGCUUAUUGGUCAGUUGUGAGGAUUUUUGUUUUCUUUACACUGAGGUGUAAUCCAUACUGAAGACUGUGGUCUUUGAUCUUUAUCAGUGAUUGCUUCAAGUCCUCUUCACUUUCAGCAAGCAAGGUUGUAUCAUCUGCAUAAUGCAGGUUGUUAAUGAGUCUUCCUCCAAUCCUGAUGUCGCAUUCUUCAUAUAGUCUAGCUUCUCAGAUUAUUUGUUCAGCAUACAGAUUGAAUAAAUAUGGUGAAAGGAUACUACCCUGAUGCUCAUCUUAAGCCACACACCUGAUUUUAAACCUCUUUUAAACAUUAAAGUUUUUAAAAAUAGCUCUAUAUAAUGUUUGCUUUUUGUAAUACCUUUUUUAGUCACAUAGAGAUUCAUUGCAAAAAUAAAAUUAUGAUUUUUUAAUGCCUUUCUCUUUUUUUAAGUAAAUUUCUAUUUCUGCCAAAUAGUAGAACUAUGUGUGUAAUAUCCUUUAAAAAGAACCUUAACAGUAAAACUGUCAUAGUAGUAUUUUACUUAUUUUUAACUUUGAAACCUCUAGCCUUUAAAGGAGGGUCAGAGUUUGCUUCUUAUUGCUGUGGAAUCCCAUGCCAAGUUUUUUCCUCCCUUUUGCCCCUAUGGAUCCCUAGGUGGUGCAAAUGGUUUGUGCACGACUGUUAACCUAAAUGUUGUCAGUUAGAACCUACCCAGCAGCACCAUAGAAGAAAGCCCAGGCAAUCUGCUUCUGUAAAGAUUAUAUCCAAGAAAACCCCAUGGAGCAAUUCUAUUCUGUAACACAUGAGACUACCAUGAGUUGGAAUUGACGGCAAUGGGUUUGGUGUUUUUGGUUGAUUUUGUGGACAAAGCAACUGAACCAUUUUUGUCUGGGCUGAAAUACCUCAACCCUUUUCCUGCGUUUCUCUACAAACCAGGGCUUGCAAUUGACACAGUCUGAGUAAAACAGAUGGGCAUAGAUUUUCAUUAAGCCUGGUCAGAAAUGGUAACUAAGACACAGGAAUCUUAAUGGAGAAAAUGUGCUGUGGAAAAUUGCAAGGGAUCAGAAGACAUGGGUUUGAGUUGUAACUGCUGCACAGAAGUUGGAGGUCCUUGAGCAAAUCACUUAAUUUCUAAUUGUUUCCAUUUCCUCAUCUGCAUAAUUAUAAUUCUAGUGCCUGGCCUAAAUAUACCAUAGGAGUGUUGACAGGAUCAAGUUAAAUAAAAUUGUGAAGGCAUUUCUUAAACUAUAUUAUGCAUAUAUGUUACUAUUUAUUUUCCAUUCAUUUUCAUCAUAAAAUGAAAAUACUUCCAUAUUGUAUUUUCAGAAUGUACCCAAUCAUAAACAGUACAUAUUUAAAGGGAGAUUACUAAGUAGGCAUAAAACUAAGAAAAAUGCCAGAACAUCAAAUAUGAAAAAUCAUAUCUGAUAGUAAAUAUUGAGUUCCAAUUUUAUUAUUUCCUAAUUUUUUGAUUUGUCUAAAUUUUAACUUUUAUGUAAAUUACAUAUUUAGAUUUACGUCCCAGAGGCUUGCCUUCUAAUAGAUGUAAUUUUAUACUCUUGUUUUUAAAAUACAUUGACAUCACAGACAUCUGUUUUCUCCUAAAAUCAUCAGAGAUGGUGUGCAAGCAAAGCUAACAUUAUUUAAAAGGGUUUUCUUCACUUCUAUCAUAGCCCUGAACUGCUCUAUUCUUUUGGCCUAUAAAAUAAGAGGCUAAUACUUACAGACCUAAUUUCUUUAGUGUUCCCACAACAUUUAGAAAGCUAAUAGUCCUCCAUUUCAUUGUUUGAAAAGAACCUCCCUUGAGUUCUCAAAGUCCUUGCCAUCCUGUGACUUUUGGCCCAAUUAUCCAGUCUUGCAUCCAUGAGUCUGCCCUUUCGUAAGCUUCUUGAAUUCUGAAUAGUUUCACCAUUUAUGGCAAAUCCUUUUUGGUUCUUUUUCUCUCCAAGCCUUAUCAGUUUUCAGUAUUUACCUUAGAACUUUAAAAAAAAAAAAAUACAGAAACUACCAAGAAUAUCCAGGGAGGACUACUAGGUAUGUGUACAUUUUUAAAGCUUCCAAGUCAUUCUGAUUGUGGUAAUAACCACUGCAGGCAUUCCCAAGUUUCUGUCUUUGGCUGUCGGUAUGGAUUGAAUUGUGUACCCCAAUAAGGUAUGUUGUAGUUCUAACCCCUGGUACCUGUGAAUGUGAACUUGUUUGGAAAUAGAAUCUUUUAAGAUGUUAUCAGUUAACAUGAGGUCAUACUGGCAUAGGGUGGGUCCUAAUCCAAUAUGACUGGUGUCCUUAUAAAAGAGGAGGAGACACACAGGGAAGGUGGUCUUGUGAAGAUGGAGGCAGAGCUAUAAACCAAGGAUUGCCAGGAGCCACUAGAAACUGGGAAAGAAGCGUGAAACAGAUUCUCCCUGAGAGCCCUCAGAAUGAAUCAGCACAGCCAACACUGACUUCAGACUCCUAGCCUCCAGAACUGUGAGAAAAAAAAAAAAAUUUUUUUUCUGUUCUUAGAAACUGUCCAGUUUGUGGUACUUUGUGACAGUAGCCCUAGGAAACUAAUACAGCCCUCAUCUUUCAUUCCUCUCUUCACAAAAGCAACCUCACCCAUUCCAAUACCCUUAAUCUAGAAGACAAUGACUCCCAACUCUCCUGUCCUGACCUGGCUUCCAAGUUCCAGGCACCUGCUGGACCACCCCAUAGGCUGUUGUAUUCUAAGUUUUCUCUCUUGUUAGACCGCUCCUUUCCUGGUCAUUUGACUACAGAGCUUUU